CAGAAAAAUGCUAUCAUCUUUUCUAUUUCUGUCAUCAGUCGGGCUGAUGAUGCUGUCGGCCGGAAUAAUGGCAGCCAGGAACGAAUUCGCACUACUGCCGUACCCGGCAACUUUGAUUCACUCCGGAAGCGCCGCUGGAUCUGAUUCCACUCGUCAUCAUCUCUACUAUUCCCAGCUGUUGCCUUAUUACUUUUAUUCAGGGAAUAGGCGACUGGCAGAACCCAUGGCCAACCACUACGGGUAUCAACAACAGCGAGCUGGAUCAAAUAAUUACGAGGUCGAUUACCCGUCGUAUUUAUAUCCCGUUGAUUAUCCAGCAGCGCCUAUUCCUCAAUACCAGCAGCAGCAGCCACCAGUUGGUCUUCAGUAUCAGGAUAUGAUGACUUACACUAAGCACGCACAAGAAUCCACGCUGAGGAAACCAUCAUCUUCAUUCGGAAUAAACCUUUUUUCGGGACUGAGAGGACCAGAAGGUCCAACAGGUCCUUCUGGUCGAACUGGUAACACCGGACCUCCGGGUCCUCCUGGUCCAGCAGGACCACCUGGACCAAUUGGACUAACAGGACCAACAGGAGCAGCCGGAGCACCGGGCACUCCUGGAGGCGGAGGAGGCCGUUAA